GUGCUGUUGACCAUGUUGUUAAGACCCAUGCAUGCACUGCAUGCGCCCGCCUUGGCUUGAAAUUAGAUGGCUGCAGGCCGUAUCGAAUGUUUUUUUACAUUAGGCGCAAAGUUCCAAGUGGAUAUUUGGGUGCAAAUGGAUCACAACUUGAAGACAUUCACAUUUGACAGGAUCUAAGUACAUCAUUGUCAACAUUUGCUUUAAGUUCAGUGGUAUGAUGUCUGGACAGCAGGAUGGCCAAGAUGGACAUGGUUCAUUAGAAGAGCAUUGCUCCAACAAACCAAAACUAAUGAAGCCUGAAGAACCAGCAGUAAUAAAUUAUGACACUGGCCCAGUUUCAUGUUCUGACAGCGAAUUAGCUGACUCCUCAUCUCACGUAACCCAGCAAUGGCCAGCAUCUCCAGCAGUGUAUCAGAGGGCAGACACAGACUGUGCAUCUACAAAGCCUGUCACAGCAGACAGAGAUAGUGUCAUGGACUGUCACACAGAUCAGACCAUCACACUGUGUGCAGAAGGCAGUCCAAUGCGUGAUGGCUGCUCUCCUCCCCGCAGCGGUGAUGCAUCAGUUUCAAGUGCCAUCAUCACUCCUGCUGCCCCCACUGCAGCCAUCCUCCACACAAGCAGCCCACCUGUCCACCUUUGCCCAGUGGCGGACUCUGUGCACCCAGUUGCCGCGGAGGCGUGGUCAGGCGACCAGCGGACCUGGCAGGGCUCCCCUGGCACGCCCCCUAGAGCUGGUGACGGGCUCCCCGCCAAUCACGACCCCGGCAGCGGCGUGACGUCAUCAGUGGGUGGGGCUGAGGAUGCCGGCACGACAGCCGACCGCGGCGCUGAUCGGUCGUCCGGCCCGGCGCUAGCGCCGUCGCCGGUUAACAGCGGCAGUUCAGCUGCCGGCCACGGCGGUCAGAUGGCGCUGGUCGAGUACAGCUCCAGCGAUGAAUCCAACGAGGAGGAGGAGGAGGAGCAGCAGCCGAUGCCGCCAGCAGUAGCGGCGGGCCGACCCGCGACGAAUCUGGCCCACCCGGUGUCCACUGUGGGUCCGGUGUCCGCUGUGGAUCCAGCGUCCGCUGCGGAUCCGGUGUCCGCUGUGGACCCGGUGUCCGCUGCGGAUCCUAUGCAGCAGCGGAGAGACAGCCCGGUUUCCGUGGCCAUGGUGGACCUUACUUCCGGCGCAGAGAACCGCAUGGACCUUACCGCCGAUGGGGUGGACCAGAUGGACUUUGCUAGCGGUGGAGGCGAUCACGUGGAAGUCGUCUCCGGCACAGCGCACGGCACUGCCGGUAAAGUGGACCUCGUGGACCUCACAUCCAGUGCAGUGGACAACACGCUCAGUGGAACAGAUCCCGUGGAGCUCACCUCCCCCGCGACGGACGGCGCCGUGUGA